CCCAUCUCUAAUUCAAAACAUAAAAAACCAUGUCGCUGGGCAAGAAGCACGUGUUGGGAUUUUCGCCCAAUGGUGGCCAACUAUUUGCCUCGGUGGACGAGCAGGCAGUCCUACGGAUAUGGAACACGGAGACGAACACGCUGUAUCAGGAAUAUACGCCCAAUUUACAGACAUCCGGGUCGUGCACAGCGCUCACGUGGGUAUCGGUGUCCAGUCCCCGGCCCAAGAAGUCUCGGAAGAGCAUCCAGUCACAGGAUGCAGCUAAUGACCAGCUCUACAUUGCUUUGGGAACAUUCAAAGGCUCAGUGGUUAUAUAUUCUUUAGCGGAGGGAAAGAUUUCUCGAACGUUUAGUGGCGACAGCCAUGAUGGAGCAGUGACGUCAAUUACAUAUGACAACGCUGGUCAGUUAUACACCGUGGGUGCCGAUUGCAGGGUUGUCGUUUGGUCCUGGACGGAGGAGCGCUCCAUCGCCGAAUGGCAGGUGGGACCCGAGAAGCCCCAAAAUAUAGUCUAUCUCCAGAAAAGCGGCACCCUAGCCAUUGGCUCCCGACAGCUUAAGGUGUACGACAUCAAGACAAAGGAGCUGGUGGAAACAUUCACCGGCCACUCGGGCGAAAUAAACACCAUAAGCAGCGUGGCGAGCACAGAUGGCACUGAAUUCGUUUUGACCACGGCCAAGAUGGAGCGGGUAAUCUGCUUCUGGAAGAUCGACAAGAAGGGCAAGAACAAAGCCUCCGCCUGCACGCUCCUCAUGGAGGAUUUGGCCUACUGUCUGACCAGCGAAGUGCGCGACGAUGGUCAGCUACGCGUGGCCAGUGUUACCCGCAAUGGCAUUAUACACAUUUACCUACUAAAUGUAAACAGUUUAUCCGCAGAGAAGUUCGUGAAACCCAAGGUUUCACUUCAAAUUGUUUCUGAUGGCACCGAAACAGUGGAACCCCUUCUAGCAGUGGCGGCCCACUUUGUGAUUGACUCAAAUCGCUCACACGAAAUCCUUUUUGGCUACGGUAGUCGCCAACAACUGCAGUUUGAACGCUUUACUCCCAACUAUGGCGAAAAACUAAACGUUAUUGUGCGCGCCGAUCCCAAAAAGCUCUAUGCGAAAAAGAAAGGAAAGGAGCUGCCGGGCUAUCAGGCCGCCACCAAGGUCCAAAAGCCUAUAGUAAACCAAAAAACUGUGGAGUACAACAGCGCCCUGCCCAUCUCGCAGAAGAAAGUGCAAAACGAAGUGCCUAUGGAAGCUCGACUGGAACAUCUUAAAAUACAAGGAACCAAACUAAGUGGUGGCAAGUUGUUGACGCAGAGCAAGACGCAGCUGCUAAUGCAGGCAUUACACAGCAAGGACCAGGCAAUGAUACAAGCCGUUCUGAGUACUGAGGAUCCAGACACAAUACAUUUGACCUUGGAUCGGCUACCGCUCGAUUACGUGAAUCCCCUGGUUAACGAACUUUCCAUCCUCUUGCAAGGAAAGCACGCAAGUGUCCGUUCCGCCCUGCGUUGGCUGCACGCACUGGCCUCAACACACACUAGUGUCUUGAUGUCCGAAGACAAAGAGGCUCUGCGCGAAAAACUGGGCGUUUGUCUCGGUGUGGCGGAGCAGCGCAUGCACUGUCUAUCGGAAGCUUUACAAAUAACCGGUCGAGUCAACCUGAUAAUUAACCAGAUGAAGCGCAACGCGGACAAUCAUCUCAACAAUAACAAAGCUUUGUUCGUGGAUGACGACCCAGAUGAGCCCACCCCCGCUGCUGAAGAUACACUGUUGGCAGAGAACAACUGGAGCGAUCUAGAGGAGGAUCAGCCAGGCAGCCCAAAGAACAUAUUAGAAGAUGCGCUGGUGGCCGACGACGACCUGGCGACCGACGAUGGUAACGCCGACGCAGACACAGACUCUGACGUGUCAAUGGAUUAGACAGCCUCCUCUUAAUUUAAGUUUAAAUGCAAUUCCUUAAUUGUAGCGCCGCGAGAAAAUAAAUACCAUUGUUUUCCAAA